AAGAGUUUGACAUCUCCACGUCUCCGGGAACCUCUCUGGCGGGUCACGUGAUCUCGCGGUAGCAGGGAGCGCUUUUAAACGGCUCUGGCUUCAUCCAGUCGAGAGAAGCGGAGAGCGCCAGAGCUCAACACCGCGAUCAUGGCAACAGCAGAAGCCGAAACCCGCCAAAGACUGCUGCGAAACGUGAAGAAGGAGGUCAAGCAGAUCAUGGAGGAAGCGGUCACAAGGAAGUUUGUUCAUGAAGACAGCAGCCAUAUUGUCUCAUUCUGUGCUGCUGUCGAAGCCUGUGUGCUUCACGGGUUGAAGCGGAGAGCUGCCGGUUUCCUACGAAGCAACAAGAUAGCUGCGCUCUUCACCAAAGUGGGCAAAAGCUUCCCUCCAGCUGAAGAGCUGUGCAGAAAAGCCCAGGAGCUGGAACUGGUCUUUGAGAGCAAACGAAGUCAGUCUCUCUCAUACAGCGAAAGCAGCCGAAAGAUGCCCAAAGUCCCAAACUUCUCACCUCAGGCCGUCAGACAUGUAUGGAUCCACACUGCCCUCAUUGAGAAAGUGCUAGACAAGAUCGUGCUGUACCUUGUGGAAAACAGCAGUAAGUUUUAUGAGAAGGAGGCUAUCCUAAUGGACCCUGUGGACGGCCCUAUCCUCGCCUCUUUGUUAGUGGGCCCGUGUGCAUUGGAGUAUACCAAAAUGAAGACGGCAGAUCAUUUCUGGACAGAUCCCUCAGCUGACGAGUUGGUGCAAAGGCACCGUAUUCACAGUGGCCAUUGCCGACAAGACUCUCCCACAAAGAGACCUGCCCUCUGUAUUCAGAAAAGACACUCCAGUAGUAGUAUGGAUGAAAGGCCAUCUCCCUCCCCCUCAGCCAGAGACUAUGUGGAGUCUCUUCAUCAGAAUUCCAGAGCGACUCUCCUGUUCGGCAAAAACAACGUACUGGUGCAGCCGAGGGAUGAUAUGGAAGCAAUCCCAGGGUACCUCUCUCUGCACCAGACGGCCGACUGCAUGACUCUGAAAUGGACGCCAAAUCAGCUAAUGAACGGCUCCAUGGGAGAUCUCGACUAUGAGAAGAGUGUUUACUGGGACUAUGCCAUGACAAUCCGCCUUGAGGAGAUUGUGUACUUGCACUGUCAUCAGCAGGUGGACUGUGGGGGAACAGUGGUUCUGGUCAGUCAGGAUGGGAUUCAAAGGCCUCCACUUCGUUUUCCUCGUGGUGGUCACCUCCUACAGUUCCUCUCCUGUCUGGAAAAUGGUCUGCUGCCUCACGGUCAGUUAGACCCGCCGCUGUGGUCCCAGAGAGGAAAGGGUAAAGUAUUUCCCAAGCUGAAGAAGAGAUGUCCACAGGGAUCCUCGGACUCCGUCUCAGACAAAGAAGAGGAAGAAGCAACAGAUUAUGUCUUCCGCAUUGUUUUCCCACACAGCCAGUCAGAAUUUGUGGCACCGGAAUUGAUAGAUCAGGGAGCAAACAUGUGGCACCCAACUCCAAGGAAAUCGUCUUGCUCUUCCUGUUCACAGAGUAGUUUUUCUGAUGGAGCUCCGCCCAAUGGAUGCAAUCAUGAAAGGGCCCCACUGAAGUUGCUGUGUGACAACAUGAAGAACCAAAUCAUCUCUCGGGCUUUCUAUGGAUGGCUGGCGUACUGCCGUCACCUGUCCACGGUACGCACUCACCUGUCUGGCCUCGUCAAUCACUCUAUUGUGGAGCCAGAUGUGCCCAGUGACGCCUACAGAGGCCUCACCACAGAAGUGUGGCAGACGUUUCUUCAAGACUGCAGCACCUAUGAGGAGAAAGAGUUACUGCGGCUAGUUUAUUUCGGUGGAGUUGAGCCUUCAUUGCGAAAAGAGGUCUGGCCUUUCCUGCUCGGCCAUUACCAGUUUGGGAUGUCUGAGGCUGAGAGAAAAGAGGUGGAUGAGCAGAUGCGCGCGUGCUACGAGCAGACAAUGAGCGAAUGGCUGGGGUGUGAGGCCAUUGUUAGGCAGAGAGAAAAAGAACAGCAUGCUGUGGCAUUAGCCAAGUGCUCGUCUGGGGCGAGUAUAGACAGCACCACACAGAGGAUAAUGCACCGUGACUCCACCAUCAGUAAUGAGUCUUCGCAGAGCUGUAGUUCAGGCAGGCAAAGAGAUUCCAGGCUGCAGAGCGACUCCAGCAGCAGUACUCAAUUCUUCACUUCCCUAAACCCCUUCCCCUGGAGUAGCUUUUUUCCGUUUGUCUUGUUUUUCCAGGUGUUUGAGUCUGUUGAAGAGGUCGACCAGAUCGAGUCCGAGCCCAAGAGUGAAGAUACCAAACAGGUUUCCAAAAUCACAAACGGAACACCGCAAAAUGGCACAAGUUCUCCAGACUCCGGUCUGCCCUCUUCCAGAAACUUCUCCGUUACUUCUGGUCAGUCAGACUCCUUGAGCACAGAGGAGAGUGCCAUACAUGAUCCAAGCCUUAAAGCUCAACCACAGCUAGCAGUAUCAAAGGAGAGGUUUGCGAGUUCAUCUGGAGAGGAAGGAAAGGUGACUGAGGAAGGUGAGUCCAUAUCGAUUGAGAAACUAGGUGUGAGAGAAUAUAGUAGGAUUGAGGUUAGCAAAGUGUUGUCUUUGGAUGCAGUCGUGGCAAUAACAGAGGGAAGCAAGAAGACCACAGAGAACCAGCGGUCAGAGGUCGAGACUGAGGGGUUGAAAAUGGCUAGAGAUGCCUCCGAGGCUCCUGAAGCAGCUCGCAGCAGCAUGACCAAAAUGGAAGUGGGCGAAUCUCCAGAGAGGACUUUGACAUCAGAAAAUGAAACACUGACAGGGCGCACUGAGUCUGAAAUUCCCCGAGUGACAGAGGUCGAGGAAUCGACUCCUCCGGAGCAGAAGAUGAAUGAGAAUCGGGUAAGUGCGGACACUGAAAGGUCCCACACGGGAAUUAAAGAUAUUAGAGCGACUCGAGAGGAACCUUUGGUAACAAAAGAUCAUAAGGUAUCGGAUGCACUUGAGCAGAAGGUUGUAGCUGACACACUGGUGUCUGUUUCAAAGCAUGAUGAUACAGAGAAGGAAACCAGUGAAAUAAUCAAAGACUCCAAGACAUGCAAGGAUGAUGAUCGUGGCACACAAAGAGCUUUAAAACCGAGUGAUGAGAACGAGAACAAGACUAUGAAGACCAGUGAUUUACUCAGUGGAGCUGGAACGAUAGUAAAGAGGAAAGCAACAUCGGUUCUCCCCAAAUCCACUGAUACAGAGCAAAGAGAAGGAAAGGAUGAUUCAAAGAGAAGCACGCAUAUAGAAAUGCAGAGGAACGCUCCAGUAAUUGAGGAGACUGUGGUCCCAUUGGUGCAUGAAGCUUUUAGCACACGAGAGAUGGGUGAAGCCCAAGACGCAACUGAGUCGGACGAGUCUCCUUCUGCAAUUGAAAUGGAGGAGAUUCCUACAGCUAAAGUGUCCAUGGCUUGGGAAAGGAAGAGUUCCCCCAGAAGCAAGGCUAAUGAGCAGGCAGCUGUACCUGUACUGGAGCUCAGGCUGGAGGAAGCUCGAGGAAAGCCCGGCUCUGACGAAAUGGACUCUGAGGAGCCGGAGAUGGAGAGUCUUUGCCCACAGCUGGACUCGCUGGCUGUAAACGCUGAGAAAAAUGAAGCUACAUCUCCAGUUUCCUCUAUAGGCACCACUUAUUCUCAAGAGCUAUUGGACCUGUACACUCUAAAUCUGCAUCGCAUUGAUAAAGACGUUCAGCGCUGUGACCGAAAUUACUGGUACUUCACUCCUGCUAACUUGGAGAAACUGCGCAACAUCAUGUGCAGUUAUAUCUGGCAGCACCUGGAAAUUGGAUAUGUCCAGGGCAUGUGUGACCUGCUCGCUCCCUUGCUGGUUAUUCUAGAUGACGAGGCCAUGGCUUUCAGUUGCUUCACUGAACUAAUGAAAAGGAUGAAUCAAAAUUUUCCUCACGGAGGUGCGAUGGACACACACUUCGCCAACAUGAGAUCUCUCAUCCAGAUUCUAGACGCAGAGCUGUUUGAGCUGAUGCAUCAGAACGGAGACUACACGCACUUCUACUUCUGCUAUCGCUGGUUUCUUCUUGACUUUAAACGAGAGUUGGUGUAUGAUGAUGUGUUUGCUGUUUGGGAGGUCAUCUGGGCCGCUAAGUGCGUCUCCUCCAGCCACUUUGUGCUCUUCAUUGCUCUUGCAUUGGUGGAGAUAUACAGAGACAUCAUUCUAGAAAACAAUAUGGACUUCACAGACAUCAUCAAGUUUUUCAACGAAAUGGCCGAGCAUCACAAUAUCAAGCAAAUUCUGACUCUGGCUCGAGACCUGGUGUGCAAAGUGCAGACGCUUAUAGAGAACAAGUAACGCUGCGACCUCUCACCUCUGUCGUGUUCGCGGUGUAACCCGUCAGCCCUCGCUACAAGACAAUAGACAACAUUUGGCCAAAGCUUAAUGAGCUUCAAGCAUACGGUAACGUUUUAAAAAGCCAAACUUCUUGAUCUGCCUGGCAAUCGGUCAGUGUGCAAUUUUUAAGAGUCGUCUGGCUCUUUAAUCAGGUUUUACUGAACAUUAUAGCGCAUACGAUUUUAUAAGCAGAUGCUGCUAAUGAGUGGUCAUUCCCUGUUUGACACGGCAGUCAGGAUUACCAGUCGCUAGUGACUCACAGGCUCCGUUCCAAAACCUAGUGAGCUGUCUUGCUGUCUAAUGCCUACAGAAACUGAAACUGAACAUCAGACGUGACUGGUUAGCUUCCAGUUUGAUUUGACGUCGACACCCAAACACACAGAACACGCGCAAAGCCUGUAUAAAUCAGAUUCCAACUUUUAUUGAUGCUUGUCGGUGAAAACAAGCGUUUAUAAACGUUUUCUUGAUUCGUGUGAUGCGAUUUGACAAAAAAAACAUCGUAGAAAGCGGCAGGAUGUUGCAGAAGUGUGCCUGUGAUGCCUUAAAAAAUGCUGCCUAUGUAGGCGGCUCACUAGGUUUUGAACUAGAACAAUAGUUGAGGAGUUCAGGUCAGGUGCGUUUUACUGCUAAAAGAGGUGCUCACACUAGAUUUCGUGCUCCAUUUGCUUUCACUUAUAGAGAGGGCACUUCCGUACAUUGCCGUUCAAACGUUUGGGAUUUUUUGGUUUGUUCGAUUUUUACGGUUUUUACGCACACCAAGGCGGAUUUGAUCAAAAGUACAGUAAUAACAGUACUGCUAUA